AUGAAGUUCAUAGAUAUGAUAUCCAAAAUCAGGCCAAACAGCCUCGAAAAGGCGGACGAGCAAUACCACGAUGAGGAUGAGGCCCAAUCGUUUCUUUCCAAUGGCAAAGAAGAUGGUAAAGCCAAGUUGAUCUCUUGGCGAUUUAUGGAAGAUGGAACAUUGCCUUGGAAAGUUGCGACGGUUGUACUUGCAGUCUCCCUUGGCCUCUCUUUAUUCUUCGGCCAGCGAGUCCAGCGCGACCAUAGUUAUGAAACCGGCUUUAUAACUGAACUUCAACCUGCUAUAUCUGCCAUCAAAUUGAAUAGACAACAGUUUUACGGAAAUAUUGUCGUCAACGCAUCCAACCAAUUUGAACUGAUGCUCAACCCGAGCGAAGAGCGCUAUGUCGGCCGCCCGACUGCAGAACUAGAUGCAGCGUGGGACAGAAUCGCUCUUACGUUGCCUUGA